AAAAAAAGUAAGUCCCCUUUGUGCGGUCACGUGACCACUGAUUGUGGAUAAACACCGCGUGUUCAACAAAUCUUAUACAGGAAUAUUUACACGGCAUCUUGUUAUUGGGAUCGUUUGCAAGACAAGAUAAACAGUUGUCGCAAUUCAUCAGUUGGAAGGAAUUAUUUUAAAACAAUUAUUUUAAUAACAGUUUAUUUAAGACAGAUUUUAAAAGUGUAUUUAAUAAAAGUACUUUACAAAGGGAUCAAGGAAGUUAUUAAAUACACCGCAUUAGGAAUGCACACUCAGAUUUCCGGACGUGCACCGGGCACAAGAUCCAAUAAACAGACCAAGGGAUGGAUCCGUAUCACAGCAUGGGCCACACGAAUACUAGCUUUCCUAAGUAUCGUGUUUUGUAUCUUGGCCUUUGUGAUCAAUGAAACUGCGUUUGCAAUCUUCAUGAUUGUCACAGCAUUCCUUAGUGCUUUGAGCCCGUUAAACUUCAGCAGUUGCUGCUUUUUCGAUUGUUCAAGAAACACAAAGACUGAGAAAGCAAUCGGAAAGCUAUGUAUCUAUAUGUGGAUAUUCAUAAGCCACAUGGGAUACGUCACAAUGUUUGGGUACAGCUGGUACUUUUGGAAAUCAUCUAGAGAUAGCUUCAACUAUAGAGGUAUAUAGAUAGAUAUGACAACUAUCAUUAUUACAGUUAUGCCCACUACUACCCGGAACACGACCAUGCUUUGCUGGACACAGUAUUUGCAAUGUCCCUGGUCAUCACUUUCUUCCUUUCGAUGGUCAACCUUUACUCGUUUUGCCUUGUCUACAAGUACGGUUGUUGCUUUAUGGUUGAAAUAGAUAGGGCUCACUCUCAGCAAGGGGUCGAAACGGCAGUCGUGAUGAAUCAACAGAUUUCAAGAAUGGAAGAAGGUCUUCCGGUUAUCGGUUUGCAGUUCACCGAUGAUACAGGGGGUGCUCAAGAAACGGUAACCAGCCCUUUGGUGCAGUACCCUCAAUAUCAACCAUAUCAUGCUGAACCUUUAUGCAUAGCUGUACCUCCACAGCAAGCUGUUAGUGUAACAACUGACUGUACGACAAGUGGACAGCCUAUUAGUCCACCGCCUUACGCGAGAAUUGAUCCAAUUGGAAAUUCAUCGCAGAGAUCGAAAUAAACGCUUCUCAUUAUAAGUAUUUUUGCGUUGUAGAAAAGUAUUGAGCGCGCGUGCCCUUGGUGUCAAUGUCGGCGUGGUCGUUGUGCUUAAUUUUGACCUCGCCUUUAACUGAAAAAAAGUUUAAAACAGCAGGCAAUCGUUGGCGUUUGCCUCAUGACACUCUUGUUUCGUGAUGGUUGGCCAUUUAUUUGUUUAAAUACACGCUUUAUUCAUCAGUACAUAUAAUUAGAGAAUACUAGGUUAGUGCUGUGGAUAGAGCGAGUUAUUCUGGCACGUCGGAGGAAUAUAUCCGGUGAGCCGAAUGCGAACCCGAUUAGUUCCGUAGCCUAGCUAAAUAAAAUUUCUCCAUCUACGGCACUAACCGAGUCUUCUAUGUAUCUUGUUACUUUGUUAAUUUAAGAAACGAUCAAUUAUCUUAAAGAUGCACACUUUCUCCCAAAUAAAAUUUACCACAAACGAUGAAUACGUGUCGACACCAGUGGUUUUUAUGAAGGAUACCGAGUAGAACUUGAAGAAAUGUACAGAAAACAUGGUAUUUCUUCCUUAUGAGAAGAUAGAAGAUCACAGUAAAUAUUUUUGCACUCACCAAUUAUUUAAUAUUUUUGUGUUUGCAGCUAUUAACGGUUAAAAUCUUAUCAUACGUAUUGAAUAAUUCUCAAGCAUUGUACUUGAAAAGGUUAAAUAA